AUAAAAUUUGACGACGAAGACGAAAAAUUUUCUAGAACAUAACUCACACUUAUCAUAGUUGUGUGAGUAUGGUGCGGUGCUAUAAUGACGAUCACGUGAUCGAAAGGUACAGCAAUCACCGCCCAGCUUUACGAAACUGUUAUUUAAAUUACAAUACAUGUAUGAACAUAUUAACGAUUAUGGUGUUCUGCAUUAACGUUCGUUUUACACGAUCUUCUCUUCGCGAAGAACAGGUACAAAGUUCUCAGUUCUCGACGAACCUGCGACGCGCUACGUGCUCGGCUUCCGGUUAUUUCAUUUUCACAACGUAGCGAGACCGCACCUGAUCAACAACAGCAUAUUUAACUGACCACGAGAUUCGAAGUGAAAUCGUGUGAAAAAUUCAAGAACUACAAUGGUGUCGGAUGUAAUGAGAUUUUACAGCGGUAAAACUAUCUUUAUUACCGGCGGCAGUGGUUUCCUGGGGAUUUGUUUGAUCGAGAAAUUGUUACGAACAAUCCCGGACUUGAAGAACAUUUAUAUACUAUUACGACCGAAAAAGAAUAAACAAAUAAAGGAGAGAUUAGAGGAUAUCAAGAAAAAUCCGAUAUUCAGUAAAUUAAAGGAAGAUAACAAGGAUCAUCAACUUGAUAAAUUAAUAGCUGUUGCGGGUGAUGUGGAUCAAGAAAAUUUGGGUCUGUCAUCCGAGGAUAGAUUGACCUUGGUUGAAGAUGUUCAAAUUGUUUUCCAUUCUGCUGCAUCGUUGGAUUUUGAAGCAGAUUUGAGAUCUACUACUAAUUCUAACGUGCUAGGAACGCGUAGACUUGUUGAACUAUGCCAGGAAAUAAGAAACUUAAAGGCAAUGGUACAUGUUUCUAGUGCCUAUGUCAACUCAUAUUUACUUGAAGCAACAGAGACUGUCUAUCCUCCUCCAUACGAUGUAAAUGAAUUACUUAGAUUAGUCAAAUCAUUAGAUGAUUCCACUUUAAAGACAGAAACUCCAAAUAUACUAAAGGAUCAUCCAAACUCUUACACGUUCACAAAACACUUAGCUGAACAUGAAGUUAAAAAUGGACGCAUCCCAGCUGCUAUCGUACGUCCAUCGAUGAUUCUUGGGGCAUGGAAAGAACCAAUUCCUGGAUGGACAAUAUCCAAGAAUGGUCCACAAGGUUUUUUGAUGGCUGCUAGCAAAGGCAUAAUAAGAAGAUUACCAGUUGCAAAAGAUUUGAUCUAUGAUUAUAUUCCAGUAGAUAUCGUUGUAAACAAUCUUAUAGUUGCAGCCUAUGCAGUUGAACGAGAUGGUGGGAGAGAAUUGAAAGUGUAUCAUUGUACAAGUAGUACAAACAAUCCUUUUAAAUGGAUUGAGAUUGAGGACAAACUAAAUGUGAUCUUACAUAAGUAUCCAUUAGUAAGUGCAGUGUGGUAUCCACACUUGAAACUGCUAUCAUCAAUAUUUUUAUUCAGACUUUCCGCAAUAUUUGUGCAUUUUAUUCCUGCAUAUAUCUUGGAUACAAUAACUAAAUUAGCUGGAGGGAGACCAAUACUGAUAAAAUUGCACACCAAUAUUAACAAUUCCCUGGAUCGUCUAACAAGAUUUAUCUUCACUGAAUGGAAGUAUCAUAAUCCUUCCCAGAUUGAGUUACAUAAGUCUUUAUCAGAAGAAGAUAAACAGUUGUUCAAUCUAGAUAUUAAAACAUUAGAAUGGCUUGAAUUCUUCAUUAAUUUACAACAAGGAGUCAGAAUAUAUUUGAACAAUGAGUCUCCAAAAUUGUUGAACAAAGCACGCUCCAAAGAUAAAAUAUUAAUGAUAGCACACUUAGGCUUACAAGCUGGACUUUUGGGACUAGUUUGGUGGUUGGUGAAAACUGUAUUUGCCAGUACUUGGACAAAGACAGGUUUAGUUGUGCCUCUCGCGUACCUCAUUUUUGAUCAGUUGUAAAAAUUACAAAUCGAAUUUUUAACUAAUUUGGACGCACGAGGUAUUGAGAGAACUUUAUACAUUUGAAAAUACGUUACACGUUCGAAGUGCAUUAGCAUUCAAUCUGAAUGAAGUAAUUGCACCGGAUAAUGGUAUUAAUCGCAUACAUUUUAUGCAAUGUCCAUGCAUAUUCAUCCUCUUCCAUUAUAUUCUCCUAACGGUGCGGUGUUGGGAAAUAAAAUAAUUUAAGUAUUAUGCUUCAAUACUUAAUAUUUUUAACAUUUUCAUAUGGUAUUAUAGUUCACAAUAAGGAGAUUUAAUAUAUUAUAAAAACGACAUGUAUACAGCUGAAAAUUGAUUAAAAGGUAUGUACAAAGGGA